CAUGGUGGGUCGCCAACGUUCAAGAGGCCCGAUGUCCACGCCAACGGUAACCGUUAGCGGGCCGGUAGCAUCCCCAAGGUGCACACCGCGUUGCAACUUGGGGUUGGGCUUCAGCCGUGGCGGGAAACCGGCCAACGGUCGGCAAAUGCGAAUAUUUGAGGCGGCACAGCGCGUCCACAAGACGACGGCUUCCGUUUGUCGCCAAGCGCGUGUCGCCGUGUGCAGGGCGUCGCAGUUACGUUGUCGGCCGUGUUCUCUUCCGUCUAGUGCCGUUGCCGUCGUCCGUUGCAUGGAUGACAUCUUUCGCAAGCUCCCGCUGCUGCUUCUCGCCGUCUUCCUACUGGUCGUCGUCGUAGUGUUGCACGUGUGUUUCGUCGGGAACGCGCCGUGGCGUCGACACAGACAAACUUCGCCGAUGAAGGCCGUCAGGACAGAUAGUGGACAGGGCUCCCCCAGGGGAGGAGGGGAGCAGGUUGUGAGCAGGCGUGCCGUUGGGAGUUCUUCUCUGGCUAGCAGGUUGUCGUUGGGGGUCGGUAAUUCAUCACUGCCGCCGCAUUUGCAACCCCUCCCUGACUCAUCUGAUGAGGAGGAGAGGGAGGGACGGACACGCACUCUUCCGUUGGGUAGUGGUUCUACGCAGGAAUGGUCUUGGACGGAGCUGUGCGGCGGCAGUGGCGGCGUGCACGGCCAGUCCUUCACUGAACUGCUGGCGCCUGGUCUCGACGGGGAAGAAGGGCAUGGCGGAUCGAACCUGUCUUCCGGUCUGUCUACAGGGAGGCGCGCAGCAGUGGCAGGGACGAGCGACUUCCAUCUCCAGGAGCACGUAAGGUCGUCCGUCGUUUAUGCAGUCCCCGGCUCCGGUGUCUGCUGCGUCCAACCUGGGACGUCGACGUGGCAUUGUCGAGGAGGGGGGGGGUACUUGGACGACGUCGUUGACGACCGCGACGGGAGGUUAGUGUGGGCGGAGGAGCGACGAAAGAUCAGGGAGGGGCGAGAGGAAGCAAUCAGGCGGGGCGUGGAGCGGCUGAGGAUGGACAGGCAGGCGGAAGAAGUUGAGAAGCCACAUGCGGGGCUUCCGUCCGAAGACGACGACGACGACGACGCAGGAGAGGCGGGAGACGGGAACGACGGUUACGCCUCGCCAUCGCAGAACAGCGACAGGGGGGGGAAGGGCGGCAAGACGAAGGCGACGAGCGGGAACGGUCGUGGGCGGCCGAAGAAAGCGCGAGCAAAGGCGAACGACGGAGAAGGCGACGGCGACGCAGAGGAGAAGCGGAACUUUUGGAGUGUCGAACAUAUCAUCGCGCUCAUACGGGCGAAACGCGAUCAGGAUGCGCACUUGCAAGGGAUGGGGCAUGCCUAUACCUGGAUGAAGCCGAGGGAGUGGAAAUGGAAUGACCUCCCCAGAAAAUUGAAGAAUGUGGGUGUCGACAGGAAGCCGGAGAAAUGCGGGAAGAAGUGGGACAACCUCAUGCAGCAAUUCAAGAAAGUUCAUCAUUUUCAAUCGUCGUCCGGGGGAAUCGACUUCUUCCAGUUGAACGGCAAGAAGAGGGCGAGACCUGCUUCAAUUUCAACAUGGACCGCGCCGUUUACGACGAGAUUGAAGGGUCCAGCGGUUUCAACGAAACCAUCAACCCCAAAAACAUUGCCGAAACUAGUGCCCGCGGCGGUGUGCGUUUCCCAUCGACGACAACUACUGAUCUUGAAGCAGUUGGUGAUGCCGACGCCUGUGCGGGGGGGGGAAGAUGAAAACGAGGGAUCGACUCGUGGUUCCUCCCAGACGCCGAGCAGCCCCCAUGGUUUCGGAAAGAGGAAGAGCACGCGGCAGUAGACGUUCGAAGCAAUGACGGAGUGCAUGGACAAGCACGUGUUGUAUUACGCCGGCUGGGUGCAUGAGUCGGCCGGCUUUGUGUGUGUUUACUCUGACGUGGUACGAGACGGGUAAUCCCGCCAUUCAAUGAAUUGAAUUUGAAUUU